GAGCAUUUCAGAUUCGUCCUUCCUCUUCUUGAGGCCCCGCCUCUUCCGAUCACGGUAAACACCUCUAAAAAGUUGGUCUCCUUGGCCUUCACGAUGACGAGGUGGCCUUGAGUGCAUGAGUGAGUCUUGAAAUUGGCGUGCUUGGGCACUUCAUAUUUAUAUGCAUGUAGUUACGGAUUUGGGCGUGGCAGUCAGUAUAGUAGUAGUAAGAAGAUUCGAGGUGCGCCCCGAGUGUAUAAUCACUCCCUCAGAAUCCCCCGCCGAUAUCAUAUUUGCUUUCCGCCAUCAUUCUUUCCAUCUCGUCAGCCUGUUCGGCCUGCUCGAACUCGAACAUCUCGGAAGCCAGGGCCCUGUCCCUCAUCUCGGCCUGCUUCGCAGCGAGCUGCUGCCUCUCAGCCAGCUCCUCUCGACGCUGCUGUUCGUCGAAUUCCCGCAGGAGCUCAGCCCGCUGUCUAACCCACUCCGGGUCCUCGUCGACGGCGGCACUGCCUCCUCCUGGACCUUGGCCGUUCUGGGCUCGCUGCUCGGCUUCUAGCGCUGCUUCUCUCAUGAUCUCCAUCGUGUCUUUUUCUAGGUCCUUGCGCUCUUUCGCAACCGCCUCUCGCACGCACAAAAUCAUGUCCAGGGCCUUGUCGAGCACGCCAACCGCCUUGCGAACAUCAUUCGUCUGGAUGGACUUGGCCAACACGCCGCGUGCGUCCUUCAGAGACCUGAGCACGGCCUUCUUGCGGAAAUAGGGUUCCUGGCAGGCCCCUGCGACGGCCCACUUCAUGCCCUUGAGAUCAACUGUGUGUGUAAACGCAAGCAGGAACAGCGAGAAGGUUGUGCUGUCCAAUGGAUGCGACACGCCUUUGCGCUCUAGAGCCGACAUGGCAAGCGAUACUGCGCCCCGGAAGUGACGCACCCCCAUGCAGGCAUGCGCGGCGCGCGUGAAAGCUGCCGGCGGGAGGCUGAGUCCGUUCGACUCGAAUCGCCCGAUCAGGUCCUCGACUUGGCGCAAGAAAUUGUUCUUGUCCACCUCGCGGCCAUGCGGUAUUUGGCGCAGCAGACAGGAAAAUACCAAGGAAAUCGAUGAGCUGACAUCUAUACCUCUUAAUUUCGCUGCGUUGAUGGUGUCGAAGGCUGUCUGUGGGUUGCCUUGGUCAACCUUGAGCUGAGCUUGGACUGCUAGCCGUACAUGGUCAUCUCUGAGCGCGAUACCUCGAGCAAGACCUGAUUUGUAGAUGCCAUAGGCUGUCCUGUAAUGACGCAGGGUCAUAGCCUCCCGCAUCUCAAGCCGUACAUCUUCUGGGGUUGUGAUAUUCGACACGGAGGAGACACUUCUGCUUUUGAUGCCGAGCAGGGUGACGUUCCUGUGAAACGCUGAUCUGCUGUGACGUACUUUCAUUGCUGCAAAGCGCAUAGUGUUCUCAGUCCAAUUGUCCACAAAUUUUCGGCUGAGCAGCUUCAGUUUGGAAAAGACAAUCCUCAGCUCCUCGAAGCUGAAAUCCCAUCUGCGCUUGCAAUUGACUAGGAUUGCAUUGCUGAAGGCGGCAUCGACCUCGAACCCAGCGUGGCUGCAGUAGUCAAGCCAGUUGACGAAUAGUUCAACAUUGCGAAUCGCGCCAUAUUGGUUGGCGACCACAUUAACCAUAUACCGGCAGACUGGCACCUUCAGGUCGGUUAUGUAGACUUUCAUGAACUCUUCGAUCUCGGCAAUUGUGUGCGUCUUGGUGAACUCCUUCAGAAUAGGGACAAAAACGUCGUCGAUGCGGUCCUUCACUUCCAUGUUUUUGAAAUCCGCCCAGACCCCGUCCCAGUCGCCGACCUUGGCUUUUGCCAAUGCAAGGAGGCCCAAAAUGCGAGCAUCCUUGCACGAGGACGGUUUGAUCUGUUGUAACCUUGCUAGGAGUUCAUCCACGGCCUGCCAUCUUCCUGCCUCCACUGCGAUUUGAAGCAUGACGCGAUGCACACCAUCCGGAAAAGCGACCAAUCUGAACCCCAGUCUGCCGUUGUGUAUAUUUUCGAAUUCGUCAAACAGCGCCCUUGUUGCUUCGAAGUCCUGGCCUCGCUGCCAAUGACAAUACAGGAGUUUGGUGGCCCAUGUUGUCCGCACGUGGCAUUCCUUUGGGCACUGAUCCAAUAAUUGCACCAGCACCUUUGCCGGAUCCUGUUUCUGGGCAGCUUCCACGGCGUCGGCCACAAGAUCACCAAUACCGUACCACGACUUGCGACGACUUGUAGGCAGCUUGUGGCGCGUUAAGCUGAAAGUGUUGACGACACGGUUGAAGUCGUUUCUGUUGAAAAGACCGGUCAUGAAUCGCCGUGUCACCGCUGCAUCCGAAUCACCGCCGUAGAACUGGAUGCGCCAGAAAACAUCUGCAGCCUGCUCGGUCAUGUCAAGGUCGAAAGCCUGCUGCAUCAUCCUCUCAGCACUUUCCUGCCAUUGGCUCGAGCGAGGGCUGGCUGAAGCCUUGUCUUUGAAGCGUGGCAUGAAUAAGGACAAAGCUCUCAUAAGCUUCUGCUUGGCGACAGUGCGAACCUCGUUCCCAGUGUCGGCGGUCCCCAUUGUGUUUAAUAUCGACUCUGUAGCAGCCACGGCCGAUUCGAUCAGAGACUGUGGGUUGAAAGCAUAGUACUGGUCCACGGUAAUCGGCCCAAGCCCAACGGCACACAAGAGGAUUUCCUCGGAUUGAUCCAGCAUGCCCUGUUCUUGGCAUUUCUGGCAAAGAAGUACAGCUGCAUCGACGAGCAUGGCCUUGUCGAGGUCUGUGAGGCCGGCUCUCUGUACGGUCUUCUGAAGUAUACCCACAGCAUCCUCAAUGCUCUGAGCAUCCCCUAGGAUGACUGCUUCCCUCAUCCGCCUGACAUUCUCGUCGACACCGAGCUUGGGAUAGGCGGUGGCUCCAGCUGUAACUUUUGGAUGAACGGGAAGCAGCGACAAUGCAGCUGUCUGGUCCCUAGUCUGAAACGCUGGGCCUGAUUUGGGCCUGAAGAAGCGACGAGGCCGUCCAGCUUGGGCCCCCGGUUGCUGGCUCUGGUCGCCCCAAUUGCUUGUCGGGACUGGUUCGUCCCAGCCGUCGUUGGCGACGUCGUCCUGUCGAGGUCCCCGGCUCUUGUGAACCCGCCGGCGUGGCUCUCUAUAGGCAGCAGAAGAGAGUUCAUGCUCUAGAUUCUCCAGGGCGGAGGGUUGGUCGAGCUCCUGAUGCAGUGCAGACCUUGUCGCAUGGUACUGCUUGACCAGGCAGAGCUUUUCUGCGUUUUCUAUCGCACUGCGGGCUUGAUUGAUGCGGCGGCGGCGGUCCUCGGUGACGAGCAGGAGCGUGCACGAGGUCCCGACUAUCAGGCCGCGCAGAGCUGUCAAGGCUGCCUUCUUUGGCACACGGGGAAGCAAGGAGGACAUGGCCUAUCGAUCGACAUUUCGUCUCGGUUGUCGACUGGACAGCGGUGCGGUCGGAGAAGCAAUCAGCAUGCCAACAGUGGCGCUCGGAGGACCCGAUGUGGUGGAAGGGGAGGAGGGCAGGGCAGGGCAGCCUCGAGUCGCAAUUGCCUGUGGAUGUUGGUCGGGUUUGAUCUGAAUGUGUUGAAAGAAGUGGACUGACGCGAGGGACAGGACCCACUAGGUCGUCGUUGACGGCUAGAUUUCAAUCUUUUUGCCGGCCGCAGGGGAGCUGCUGGUUGCUGGUCUCUGGGGCUUGGCGCAACACAACGGCGGUGCUCUGUGCUACGGCCUGGGAGGGAUGGACCUGACAAUUGUUAGUCAAUCCCAGAGAGCCCUGCGCAGACCAGACCGACCCCUCAGAGGAUCUUGGACCCUUGGAAAUAGUUGACAUUUGCGCAUCCUAGAACAGACAAAACCAGUCCGCUUGCGAUCUCCUCUUGUUUGGUCCUGAUGACAGGGCCUUAGCCUGCGCGUAAACUGCCAUGGCCUUCGGUGCGGCAUGGCCGUGGCUGAGAGCGAGGUUCAGCAGCCCCUUCACACGAGACACAGCGCGGUACCUCUUCAUAUGCGCAACCUGGUAUCCGGUGUGCUACUUUGUCGAAAGCCAUAUCAUGGGCACGACCAGGGUCCGAGGGCCGUCCAUGUACCCCUACUUGAACGAGAACUACAAUGAGACCAAGUUUGGCUACAUCUGCCUGACCUGGAAGCUCUACGCCCAGCAGAAUCUGCAGAGGGGCAUGAUCGUGACUUUCUACAACCCCAUGCGACCAGAGUCAAUGACCAUCAAGCGCAUCAUCGGCCUCCCGGGCGACAUGAUCCACACCAAGGCGCCCUUCCCAACACCUUACAUCCGCGUGCCUCCAAACCACAUAUGGGUGGAAGGGGAUGGUGGUAUCAAGUCGCUGGAUAGUAACACCUACGGGCCCAUUUCGAUCCGACUGGUCCAGGGACAGGUCACUCAUAUCCUCUGGCCGUUCCGCAAGGCCGAGAGGGUCAAGUGGUGGGAGCAUCAGCUUCCUGAUCGGCUUACUGCUGCGAGGUAGUGAGGUAGAAGCCCCGCAAUUGGAAGUGAGAUGACUUAAUGGGUUAUUUCUUGUGUGGCGUUUGCGCAGUGAGGAACUGUCCAGGUCGGAAGAAGAACAUGAGUGAGCCGGCAUGACUGGAUGGAUGACCCGAAGUCAACAGCACUCGGGGAUCCGUGGGGUUUACGGCGCUGGGAACACCCACGAUCUUGUAGCAAUGUUUGCGAAGCAUGACAGCCCAAGGAGAAGCUAGAAACUGAUUUGUUAAUGUUCAAGUCUGGGAGGAAGUCAAAACAAAUUGUUCAUUUGCAGAAA